AUGUCGGCCCAAGCGCAGCGGCGGCGCCCACGCGGCGCCCGGGAGCACGCCGCCGCCCAGGCCCAGCGCGUGCGGCGGGCGCGCGCGGCGGCGAACGGCAUGUCGCCCUCGGCGCCGCGGUCCGCGACGAAGUCGCCCCGCGUGCGGACCGCGUCGCCGCAAGCGCGACGCGUGAUCACGCUGGACUCCUACGAGGAGAGCAAGGGCGAGGACGCGGAGGCCGAAGUCGCGCGGCUCGAGGCCCAGCUCGAGGAAGCGCGGCGGCGGGCGUACGAGAAGCGGACGGGGAAGCCGGCGCCGCCGAGGAAAGUCCAGUUCGCGGAAUCCGGGGACUGGAGCGAGUCGUGGCACGAGCUCGCGGACGACCGCGCGGCGCAGUACCCCGAAGACGCGCCGCCGCCGCCGGCGGACGCGCCCGCGGCGGCGCCCGCGCCGGCGGCGGAGUUGUCCGAGGACGGCAAGGCCUUUCGGGCGGCGCUGGCCGAGAAAGCUCGAAAACUCGCCGAGGAGAAGGCCGAGAGAGCAAGAAUAAAAGCCGAGGCGGAGGCGAAGGCGGCCGAGGAGCGGCGGCUGGCGCGCGAAGCUGAAGACGAAACAAACGGCGCCGACCCGGAAAGGGUGUACUGCGGUGUACGGCUCGUGGGAAGGCUGAGCUCGAUGAUGAGCGGCGACCGCCCAUUGCCGCCCCAAUUCAAGUGCGGCGUCUGCCAAACCGCGAACGAUGCCGAGGAAAUACGGUGUAGUUCCUGCUCGGCCGCGCGCGUCGCGCCGUGGCAACGACUACCGGGCGGGCUCCUGCGGGCGGGCACCGUCAUCAAGGCGAACGACUACGAGGGCGUGUUUGCCAUCAUUUCGAGUGUGGGCCGCAUGCAGAAGCGAAUGAAGGUCGUAUUAUUUGCGCCCGAGAGCUCUCCCGAGGUCGGCGAUUUGAUGCUCCCGGCCAUCGAGGCGGAGUGGACCGUGUUGCCCGCGUCGGAAGCGAACGACGCGAUCCAGCAGCAUAUGCUCUGCUGGGCUUUGUGUCCAAAGUGCGAGCACGUCUUCUACGUGCAGAACGGGGACAUUGCGAAUCGUCAGGUGCGCGCGAAGGAAUUGCCCAAGGUCAAAUUGCAAAAGGAAGCGGACGAGAAGCUGCUGAAGGAGACCGAGGCGAAGAAGGCGGAGCUCAAGACGCGGGAGCCCCUGCCGACGAAGGAGAUCCUGGCGUGCACGGCCGAGAUCAAACGGCUACGGGUAGCGAUCCGGGCGUCGAAAAUACGGGGCGCGCCGGUGCAGGACUGGUGCCCGCGGUGCUUGAAUCGGGAAUUCGAUUUCUUCCCGAAGGAUGUUUGGCCGACGCCGUAAUAGUAGUGG